AUGGUAUCUGAAAUGAGCGAUUUUCAAUGGUUAAUUUCAGGUUCCUAUCACUACGGAAAAUUACACUUAGUACACAAAAAUGGGCCUUGUUCACCACAAAGCAAAGAAAGGAAGACAACUCCCAGCCUAGAAGAAAUCCUCCUCCAAGAUGAACUCCGAGUCCGCUCCAUUCAAUCUAGAAUAAACAAAAGCGGUCCUCUGGGUCUGGGGGAUUCCAAGGUUACAAUUCCAACCAAGUCUGGUCUCUCUCUUGGAACUCGAGACUUCAUUGUAAGCAUCGGACUCGGCACACCAAAGCAAGAUGUUUUGGUGGUCAUGGACACCGGUAGCGACCUGACUUGGGUCCGAUGCCAACCCUGUAUUGAUUGCUCCGCACCCAUCUUCGACAACUCCAUAUCAUCCUCUUAUUCCAGCUUCGCCUGUGGAUCAAUCGAAUGCUCUCAAGUUAGAUCCUCCACGCAAUGCACUUCCGCUUCCGGUUGUGUGUACGAAAUCCAUUAUGGUGAUGAAGACUUCUCAAUCGGGCUCUUCGGACAGGAAACACUCACACUAACACCCUCUGAUGUCUUCUCUGGUUUUCGGUUUGGGUGUGGCCAGAACAAUAAUCUGUCCGAUAACACAUCCGGAAUUCUUGGUUUAAGCCCCCGCCAAGUGUCUCUGGUGUCUCAAACAGCUAAUACAUUUGGAAGAAUUUUCUCUUAUUGUCUCCCAAGCUCCGAAAGCUAUACAGGAUUCUUGGCAUUUGGUGACCAAGCAGGUUCUACGACCUCUUCUACUACUGUGAGCUACACUGAGUUAAUAAUAGACUCGAGCAAUCCAGACUACUAUUACGUCCCAUUAAUAGGAAUAAGCGUUGGGGGACAAAGAUUGCCUAUUGAUCCUUCAGUGUUUACAACACAAGGAACCAUCAUAGAUUCCGGCACUGUUAUCAGUCGCCUACCUCCGACGGCCUAUGGUGCCCUCAAGUCGGCCUUUCAGCAAGCAGUGCUCAUGUCAAACUUCCCACCGGCAAAGCCAAUAUCACAUUUCGACACAUGCUAUGACCUGAGCGGGUACGAAACAGUGAGUGUACCUCCCAUCGUCUUGCAUUUUAGAGGAGGUACAGACAUCAAGGUGGACCCACUUUCAGGAGCUCUUAUUCAUCUUGGCAAUGCUCACUAUUGCUUAGCAUUUCUGCCAAAUAGCUCUGAUGAAGAACUGGUCAUUGUUGGUAACAGCCAACAACGGACUUUUGAGGUGAUCUAUGAUUUGCCUGCACAAAGGUUAGGAUUUGCGUAUGGGGCUUGCAGCUAGCUAGAGAGAAAGAGAGAACAAAAUAA